AUGGUCGAACUGGAACAUAUCCCGGUUUUACGGCUAACGUCGAGUGAAAUGGAGGACCCCAUCGGUUUUCUUUCGCAGCCAAAUGUACGCAGAUUGGGUCACAUUUACGGGAUGGUCAAACUGGUACCGCCACAAGAAUUCAAACCGCCUCUUUCGAUCGAUGAAACACGUUUCAAGUUUCGGGCUAGGAUACAGCACUUAAACGAACUCGAUAUAUCAAACAGAGGACGGCUGUUUCUGAUGAAGCAGCUGAACAAUUUUAACAUGCGUGGAAAACGCAGUGCAACACUUGUUAUAUCAAAACCAUACGUGGAAUCGCAGCACGGCCGCAUCUACUUUUACGACCUUUUCAUCGCCGUCACUCGGUUCUGCAACGAAAUGGACGCUGUUAAACAAGAACGAGAAGAAGGUCCUGUAGCACCCUCACAAAUGCCGUUCACCUGUCGUAAACGAUCCAGGUCUGAUCGUUUUGCUAAAAACAGUGCAAAACGUAGCUCCAGGGUUUUCCUGGCACCUCUACAGGACAUAUAUGAUAGCCCGAAACUGUGGAAGGACGUUUCCAAAACGCUGGAUAAGCCGGCAGAGAAGCUGCUACAUGUAUUUCGUACAAUUCUGGCACCCUAUUACGACUUUCUGCAGCGAAAGACGGGGCCCUCCGGCGACCAUGCUUCCAUGCUGUCAAAAUUGAUAUACACUGAAGAAUAUCCCAGAUCACUGUUGAAUGACUCUGACGACGAUGCAGAUGACAGUAGCAACGACCAGGAAUCAGAAGAAGAGGAAGAAGAAGGAUGCAUCAUUUGCCGUCGAACAUCUCACCGCACUAAAACCAUCUUGUGCGACUCGUGUGAUAAGCCGUUCCACAUUUUCUGUUUGGACCCACCGUUGAGUGACGUACCGAAGGGGAAGUGGGUGUGUAAUAACUGCAUUUUUGGGAACGGUUUUUACGGUUUCAAGGAGGAGGACAAGUUCUACUCCAGAGAAAGCUUCCAGAAGUUGUGCGGGGAGUUCGAUUCGCAAUUGUGGCCCCAGGGCAACAAGUUGCAGGAUCUGGGGGCCUUAGAAACCAUGUUUUGGGAUCAGGUUAAUCAAAUCGAUACGGAAUCUUCCAUUCGGUAUGGUGCGGAUAUCCACAAUGUGGGGCCUGGUCAAAUGACAGGUUUCCCUACAGCUGACUUUGUACCUCCGGAAAUUCAGCAAGACUCGGACGCCAGGCAAAAAUACACAAAUUAUGUUCAGCAUCCUAUGAAUUUGGUUAAUUUUCCCACUGCCAAGGGUUCUCUACUGUCGGUUUUUGGCAAAAGAAUAUCUGGUAUGACCGUACCGUGGAUUUAUAUCGGAUCCACGUUCUCAACCUUCUGCUGGCAUUUGGAGGAUCAAUACACGUUGAGCGCCAACUAUCAGCACGAGGGUGAUCCAAAAAUAUGGUACAGUGUUCCUGAGAGCUCUCGCGAGAAAUUCGACGAGUUAAUGAAAAGCAUAGCGCCCGAUUUAUUCCAAAAGCAACCGGAUCUUCUUCAUCAGCUCGUCACAUUGAUAGCCCCAUAUGAUAAACGGUUCCAAGACGCAAAGAUCAGCUGCUAUAAAGCGGUACAGUAUCCAGGUGAGUAUGUGGUAACUUUCCCAAAGUGUUAUCACUCGGGAUUUAAUACAGGCUACAACUUUAACGAAGCGGUCAAUUUCACGCUUGAUCUAUGGCUGCCGUACGGCGUUGAAGCAACGCAUGACUACAUAGAUACUGGGAAAAAGUGCGUGUUCAAUAUGUGGGAACUGAUGCUUACCGUGUUGUUAGAGUAUUUGGAGAAUCCGAAGAAGUUUGAGGAAGGUAUGGUGCGUAGAUGUCAUUCCGAGCUGUUAGAAAUGUUCAAUCGUGAGGUCAAAACCUUAAAUCAGUUGACGGACGUUGUGCGAGCCCAAAAUGAGGCCAAAGGUUUCACACGUCGUCAUAUUGACGAUAAGCUUCGAGUUGACAUACAUGUGACGGUGACUUCCAACGACAGAUACAAGGAUGAGUAUGUUACUGAAGAGCCAGACUCGGGUGCUGAAAAUGACGAUGGUGACGACGACAUCUUCUGCUCCUCUUGCAAAACCAUUUGUCCGUUUGCGUUCGUGGCUCAUUGCAAAUCGUCACGGUUUUCCAAGCGGAGACGUUUGCAAUCGAUGAAGCCUGAGGAAUGGAACCAACUGGCAGAAAGAGGCGACAUCGACAUUCUGUGCGCUCAUGACUACUUUCGAUUAAUAGAGCAGGCAGAUGAAGAAGAUACCUCCGAUGAUGAAUCGCGCCAGCGGUUCAAACACGAUGAGCUUUAUUACAUUAGGCACCCUGAUGAAAUACGAGACAUUUUGAAGCGUGCGCAACACAAGAUAGAUAGCGUGCUUCGUUGA